AUGCCUUGUCCUCCACGAGAAGCAUUCCAAAUUGGUUGGAUCUGUGCCCUGCCGAUCGAGGCUGCGGCAGCUAGGGAAAUGCUGGAUGAAAUCUUUGAUAUUCUUGAUUUCAACGACACGACAGACUUAAAUACCUAUACAUUGGGCCGAAUCGGCAAACAUAAUGUCGUGAUCGCCUGCCUUCCCACAGGACAAUACGGAACCACAUUAGCCACUACCGUCGCGAAUAAUAUGGUCCGCAUGUUCUCUAGGUCACUUCGGAUCGGGUUGAUAGUCGGUAUCGGGGCUGGAAUUCCGUCGGCUACUCAUGAUAUACGUCUUGGCGAUAUUGUGAUUAGCUACCCCGAGGGAACCUGCGGAGGCGUGCUUCAGUAUGAUUUGGGGAAGGUCGGGGUAGGUGGUGUAUUCCGCCGAACUGGCUCCUUGAACAGUCCUCCUAGGUCACUAUUAGCAGCAGUCAGGAUGAUGAGGGCUGCUGAGCUAACGGAUGAUCCUCGCUAUCCGGAAUAUCUCAUUAGCGCGAUGGGAAGAACCGCACGAACUCGGAAAAACUUUGCCCGACCGGAUGCACAAUAUGAUCGACUGUUCAAGCUUGAGCACGAUCAUCCUCCGACUGCGAGUAGCUGCGACACAUGCCUGCCAGAGUGGGAGGAGAUAAGAACUAAACGUGAGGAUAACAAUCCACAGUCACACUAUGGUAUCGUUGCAUCAGGGAAUGCCGUCAUCAAAAACCCCCGGACAAGAGAGCAGCUUAGGCUAGAAACUGGGGCAUUGUGCUUUGAGAUGGAGGCGGCUGGUUUGAUGUCGGACUUCCCCUGCAUUAUUAUCCGCGGUAUUUGUGAUUACGCCGAUUCACACAAGAACAAGCAGUGGCAAGGAUAUGCUGCCUUAGCAGCAGCAUCAUAUGCCAAAGAGCUGCUGGGAUAUGUACCUGAGGGCCACGUUUUGCAAGAGAAUUUGGUGGUAGAAGUGUAUAAUAAGUUGCAAGAAGAAAUUGAAGGCGUCAAUAAGCGCUUGAACCGGGCAUACGAUCAACAAGAACAGCACCAUAAUGAACGUGGAAACCCACCAAAUGUGGACUACGAAAAUAAAGAUGAUACCAAUAGCUCAGAUGUUGGUGACCAAACUGACGUUGAAAGCAUUUUCUCAACGGAAUCUAUUUCAUCUUGGGAGUCCGAAAUCACGUCAACCGCUAUUUCUGAGCUGGCUCGUUUACUCUUAAAUGAUGACCAGUUGAUGGGUCUAUAUUCAACGGCCAUCUCAAAGGUCGGCUCUGAAAGAUUCCAAAGGAACUUCUCGCGUAUGCUUAAACGGUAUGGCUGGGAUUUAAAUCGUGAAGCAUCUAAUGAAAUUCAACGCGAAGCGGCACAUUUUGUUCGGUUGUCCGCACGGCGGACAGCAAUCGAAGUCCGCAUAUAUCUCAUGGAAAAUAACCCCGAACUUUUUUUUGAAAAGAAACCGGAAGCAACUCGGUUGGAAUUGGCUCGGGUAAAUGAGUGGAUAGAGUCACAUACAGGCGGUCGCACAGAUCGGAACGCUGAUGGCGACGAGUCGUCUGUGGACAGCGACCCAAGUGAUUCGGAAUCAACUACGCUAGCUACGCUUGAGAAGGUUAAGGAAUUCUUGGUGUCAACGCACGCAUUUCUCAAUCUACGGCACGAAUUUCAACAGUGGUUGGAGGGUAAAAAGAGAGAUGGUCACGGGACUCAAAGCGAGAAGAAAGAUACGGAUUACCUUAGUAUUCAGGAUGGCUGCCAGGUGAUGGAGGCUCGCAAGCAGGUACUAGCUCCAGAGCAUUCCGACACUCCGGACUUGUCCUCAGGGGCUGUCGGACACGAUAUGCAGCCUCUACCCGACUUUGUGGAUUUUGGGGAUUCCGAUUCAUCCAAUGAGAACGACUCAGUCUUUUCUGCUCCUGUCUCUCCCUUCCCAGCACCGAAUCAUUGGAAUCUGGAAGAGAAAUAA